AAUAUAAUAAAAAUAUAGAAUUUUUUUAUAUAGAUAAAUAAAAUUUAAUUUAGAAUUAAAACAUAAUAUAUCAUAUGAAUUGUGUAUAGAAUAGUGUGAUUACAUUGAUAUCUCUACAAUGUACGUAUUACGUAUUGGAAAAUCUCCAACAUAUAUAGCGUACAAGUGAAUAGAGCGAAAUGUCAAAAUUGUUUUACUGUUUGUAGUUUAAUGUUGCGACGGAAAAAAAUAAUGCCUUACUUUUGCAAAGAUUGCAACGAUAUCGUUCAAAUAUGCAACAAAAUUGAAUCGAUGUGCAAGAAUGAUCGGAAAAGACACGGGCGCAUCUACACUCAUAAUAUCCCUCGCUAAUGAAGCGUUACAAUUUGCUGAAAACACCGAAGACGCCGAAGCCUUAAAUCCUGGUCGAGAUUUAUUGGAUUUAGUCGAAAUGUUGACGUCUAAUCAGUCUAUUGCGUUUGAAAAUGUUUUGAAUCAAACCGAUCAAACCGCAGUUAAUGCGAAAAUCAAAGUUGAUUUCAAUUUCCAAAAGAACAUAUUAAGCGCCAUUCCACCGAUCCCACCUAAAAAUAAUGACGAAAGGCAUCAACAGACAAGAGAGAAUUUACCGAUUUUCAAAUCCCGUCAUCAAAUUAUCGACACUAUCAAUCGAAAUCAAGUGGUCGUUAUAUCAAGUCAAACAGGUUCGGGCAAAACCACUCAAAUACCUCAGUAUAUCAUGGAGGAUUCUUUAUUGCGCCAACAAAAUUGUCGAAUAUAUUGUACACAACCUCGUCGAUUAGCCGCUACUUCAAUCGCAAAAAGAGUUGCGCUAGAACGAGGAGAAGAUAUUGGACACUCAAUCGGAUACCAAAUUCGUAUGGAAAGUUGUAUUUCUCCGAUUACCAAUUUGAUCUAUACGACAAGUGGAUAUUUAUUGCGAUAUUUAAUCGGAUCGAAGAAACUUGUGUUCAAAAGUAUCACACACUUGAUAUUGGACGAGGUUCAUGAAAGGGAAAAAGUAACCGAUUUCUUGAUGAUUUUUAUUCGUGAUGUUCUCAAAUCAAAUCCACACAUGAAAGUCAUCUUAAUGUCUGCCACUCUUGACUCGGACAUAUUUUGUCAAUACUUUGGCAAUUGUCCAGUGAUUAAUGUUCCUGGCAACGUCAAAUUGAAACCAUGCACCUCGGUGAAGUUCUCAUCAAGACCGGAUACAAAACCAAAGAAAUGGCUUCCUACAUGAUCAAUGUUCCCGUACCAAAUGUUAUUGAU